AUGCCUAGCCUGCUGGUUCUAGCAGGGAUCAUGGAGAAAAACGGGGGCUACGGCGCGGAUCUGGCCGGCUCCGGGUUCGGCAGCGAGGGUCUGCUGGUCCCCCCGGACGAGGACGAGGACGAGAACCGAGCCCUGCGGGUCGCCCUGGGCCAGCUGUCCCUGCUCGGGCUCGGGGGGGAGGGCGAGGACGGCGGCGGCUCUGGCGGCGGCGGAGCUCCGAGCACCGGAGGAGGAGGAGGAGGAGGAGGAGGAGUGCAGGACCGGAGCAACAACAACAACAACCACCACAACCACAACCACCACCACUCGGGGGGCGGCGGCGGGCUCGGGGUGGGGGGCGACCCCACCGCGGCCAUCCUGCAAGGGAAGAGCAAGUUGUGUUCCCUGUACGAGACCGGCAGCGAGGGGGGGGGCAAGGGCCGGGGCUGCAACAUCACCGAGUGUGUGCCCGUCCCCAGCUCCGAGCAUGUGGCCGAGAUAGUGGGACGACAAGGUUGCAAGAUCAAAGCCCUGAGGGCCAAGACCAACACCUAUAUCAAAACCCCGGUGAGAGGAGAGGAGCCCGUGUUCCUGAUCACCGGCCGGAAGGAGGACGUUGCACUGGCCCGCCGCGAGAUCAUCUCGGCUGCAGAGCACUUCUCCAUGCUCCGGGCGUCCCGCAACAAGCUGGGCGUGUCCUUCAGCGGCUCCCCGCCCACACCGCUGCCCGGUCAGACCACCAUUCAGGUGAGAGUGCCAUACCGUGUCGUGGGGCUGGUCGUGGGGCCUAAAGGCUCCACCAUCAAGCGCAUCCAGCAGCAAACCUGCACGUACAUCGUCACUCCCAGUCGAGACCGAGACCCCGUCUUUGAGAUCACGGGGUCGCCAAGCAACGCCGAGCGCGCCCGCGAGGAGAUCGAAGCACACAUCGCCUUCCGGACAGGAGGCCUGCACGACCACAAUAAUGAGAAUGACUGUAUGGGGCCGAACGGCGGGAGCAGCCCGGCGGGCAGCAGCGGCGGUCUGGAGAGCCGGCUGCAGCAGGUGUGGGGGCUGCAGGGGGGCCAGCGCAAGCCGCUCACCAGCAGCUACCGCCAGAACUUCUCCGAUGCCAUGGUGGGAGGGGGAGGGGGGGGCGAGGGAGUGGGAAUCUACAGCAAGAGCAACUUCUCCAGCUCCGGAGAAAAGAACUGCUCUUACUUUGGGUCGGAGGGGACCCAGAGCUGGGGCGACCCGGACUACCCCAAGCAGGUGGCCUUCUACGCCCAGCAGCGCUCCAAGAGCUUCGGCGGCCUCCCGCUGCCGCUGACCAGACUCUCCCCGGGCCUGUCCGACUCCUGCGGAGGCACCAACAACUCCUCAGUCACCAGCAUCGUGCCCGUGUCCGGCUCGCCUCACGCCCAGGCCCGCCGCGCCCACAGCGAGCCCACCUCAGCCGGCGAGGGGUUCCCCGGCCGCCUGCCGGUGCCGGACUCGCCGCCGGCCAUGCAGCGGGAGUGCAUGACCUGCUUCGAGAGCAAAGUGACGGCGGCCUUGGUGCCGUGUGGCCACAACCUCUUCUGCAUGGAGUGCGCCAUCCGGAUCUGUGAGCUCAACCACCCGGAGUGCCCAGUGUGCCACACCCAGGUCACACAGGCCAUCCGAAUAUUCUCUUAA